AUGAUGGCUUAUGAUCGGUUCAUUUCCAUAUGCUUCCCUUUAACCUACGAGAAAUUAAUGUCCCCUUCAAAUGUCAUCAUAUGCAUCAUUUUCAUUUGGCUCAUUCCAUUUGGUCGGGUUACCAUUACCCUCUCAAUCACGGCAAUUCGAGUCAUGCUCUCUCUCUAUUUCCUAAUACUUUCCCCUGUAUUAAAUCCAGUGAUUUAUGGAGCCAGGACAGGAAAGAUAAAUGAAGCGAUUAAGGCAAAAAUAAUGAAUCUGAAAGGAUUUCUCUCCAAGCAAAAUAUGAAUUUCUAA